CAACGUCCCUGCCUGUGCCCGGAGCUCCAGCGAGCGAAUUCAGCCAUGUUGUUUGUGUAGCUGACAGCAACAGGUUCACAGUUCUAAACUUCGUCUUGUUUCAGUUUCUGAAUUGUUUUAAUAGUACCUGAAGGCUACAUACACGGGUGAUAAUCUGACGGACCUAAUCGACUUUGAAUUGAGGACCCAGAGGAGACGAAAGUCCAUGUUUUCCCCACUAGUUAGAGAUAACUGUGAGCUAUCCAGCAGCUGAGAACAGGACUGGUAGUCCCCCCCCUCCUGCCCACCUGCAGCCAUGAAUGGGGGCGUUAGUGUGUGGGCCAUCACCCCAGAUGAGAGGGGAAAACACGACCAGAAGUUCGACACCCUCUCUCCUGCCAUGGGCUUUGUCUCAGGGGAACAGGCCAGGAAGUUCUUCCUGCAGUCAGGUCUGCCCUCUCCAGUGCUGGCAGAGAUCUGGGCUCUGGCGGAUAUGAACAAGGAUGGAAAGAUGGACAGACUGGAGUUCUCCAUCGCUAUGAAGCUUAUUAAGCUCAAGCUGCAUGGCACGCCCCUCCCCUCGGCUCUGCCAAUCAUCAUGAAGCAGCCCCCAGUGCCCGCCCCUAGCCACGCCCACUCGGCUUCCAUGUCCAACUCUCGCUACGGGAUGGGCUCUAUGCCAAACCUGUCGAUGAUGCCAGGGGGCCUGGCCAUGCUGACCCCCAUCCCCAUGACGACAACAAUCUCACCCAUGACCUCACUCACACCCCUGGUCCCCACGGCAAUGGGCGUGAGUCCUCUGGUUGGCUCCAGCACCAUGCCCCUGCUGCCCUCGCUGGGAAGCCCCGCCCUGCCCAAUGGCACCAUGGGAUUUCUACAGCCCAUGCAGAGUGGAAUCAUGGGAACUGGUCUGACUCUGUCUGGUCCAUAUUCCUCUCCUCUGGGCUUGUCCUCCUCUCCUGCAGUCAACAUGUUUUCCUCUCUGCUGGACCUGGGCUCCAGCAGCUCCGCCUCCUCCUCCCCCGCCUCCCUGGCGGACGCCUCCCCAAAGACCGCCCCCUCCGACUGGGCCAUCCCCCACGCCACCCGCCUCAAAUACAGACAGCAGUUCAACAGCCUGGACAAGAACAUGACCGGAUACCUCUCAGGUCUUCAGGUGAGGAACGCCAUGGCAACCACUAUGCUAAGUCAAACACAGCUGGCAACCAUCUGGACCCUAGCGGACGUAGACAAGGAUGGCAAGCUGAAGGGGGAGGAGUUUAUCCUGGCCAUGCACCUGGUGGAUAUGGCCAAGACUGGACAGCCCUUACCUCUCAGUCUGCCUGCAGAGCUGAUCCCUCCAUCACACAGGAGUGCUGUGAACGGCAGCAGCAGCAGCUCCCUCUAUGCUGCCCUCACUGAUGACCUGGAAGUGGAACCAGCGCAGAAGACCAGGAGCAACUUGUCGUUCGAGGACAAGUUCAAGGCCAACCUGGAGCGGGGGAACGCGGAGCUGGAGAAGAGGAGGCUGGCCCUGCAGGAGGCGCAGAGGAGAGAGGAGGAGCGCCGCGCCCAGAAGGAGCGGGACGAGCGGGAGCGGAGAGAGCGGGAGGUCAGGGAGCUGGAGGAGAGGAGGAGGAAGGAGGAGGAGAGGAGGCUGGAGCGACAGAGGGAGCUGGAGAGGCAGAGGGAGGAGGAGAGGCUGAAGGAGGUGGAGAGAAAGGAGGCGGCCCAGCGUGAGCUGGAGCGUCAGAGGAAGGAGGAGUGGGAGAGGAGGAGGAGAGCAGAGAUGCAGAGCCAGAAGGGUCAGGAGCAGGAGGACAUCACCCGGCUGAGAGCCAAGAAGAGGAGUCUGGAGAUGGAGCUGGAGGCUGUGGGUAACAAGCACCGACAGAUAUCAGACCGUCUGCGCGAAGCCCAGAGCAAGAAGAGAGUUCAGAAGAGCGAGCUGGAGCUGACCAAUCAGAGAAGAGAGACCCGCAGACAGGACAUAAACACUUUGCAGAGACAGAUGGAGGAGUACCAGAGGAAGUUGUCCCAGCUGACACCAGAGCAGCAGAGGCUCAGUGAGAAGGUCAAGAACAUGGAGCUCAACAACCUCCCAGUGUCCACCAUGUCCACCCUGCGGCGCAGUGUGAGUGAGCGGAACGGAGUGUGCUCCGGGCUGAGGCAGCAGCUGGACGCCCUGGAGAGGGAGACAGCCUCCACCCUGGCCGACAUGGACCAGUACAACAACGGCCUGCUGGACCUGAGGGACAGUCAGAGGAAGCAGCAGUCUGCCCUGGAGAAGCUGCAGAGCAUCAGGGAGGACAAGCUGAGGGAGCUGAAGAGACUGAGGGAGCAGGAAGAGAACAGGAAGAGGAUGGAGGAGGACAGGAAGAGGAUGGAGGAGGAGGAAGCUCAAAGGCGUAUUAAGCUGGAGAAGGAGCGCCAGUGGCAGGAGAAGCUGCGGAGGGAGGAGGAGGAGAGGCAGAGGAGGCUGCAGGAGGAGAGGGAGGCCAAGCUGAGAGAGGAGGAGGAGAGGGAGACCCAGGCCCGUCUCCUGGCCGCCAGGGAGCUGGCCGAGCGAGAGCGCCGGGCCAGGGAGGAGGAGGAGAGGAGGAGGAGGGAGGAGGAGCGGAGGAGAGACGAGGAACGCAAGACGCAGGAGGAGAGGAGACGACAGGAGGAGGAAGACAGGAGGAGGAGGCUGGAGGAGGAGAGGAGGAGGCUGGAGGAGGAGAGGAGGGAGGAGGAGAGGAGGAGGCAGGAGGAGAAGAGAAGGCAGGAGGAAGAGAGGAGGAGGUUGGAGGAGGAGAGGAGAGAGGAGGAGCGUAAGAAAGAGAGGGAGGAUGAGGAGAGGAGACGGCAGCGGGCUGCCGAGGCUGCCAUCAGAGACUCGGAGGAGAGGAAGAGAGCGGAGGAGGCGAGGAGAAAGAGGGAGGAGGAGAAGAAAAGGCAGGAUGAGGAGGAGAAGAGGAGGUGCGAGGAAGAAAGGAAAAAAGCAGAGGAGGACAGGAAGAGGGCGGAGGAGGAGAGGAAGAGGGCGGAUGAGAGGAAGAGGGCGGAUGAGGAGAGGAAGAGGGCGGAUGAGGAGAGGAAGAGGAAGGAGGAGGAGAAGAGAAGACUGGAGGAGGAGAGGAAGAGCGCAGAGGAGGAGAGGAAGAGGAAGGAGGAGGAGGGGUCCGGCCAGCAGCAGGUGAAUGGAGGGAAGUCGGAUAUCCAGGCGAAGCUGACAGCUCUGCUACGAGGCCUGGAGGAGAGGAAAGGAGGGCUGCAGCCACAGGCCAGGGAGCACAGGAAGUCAGCCGCUCUCACUUCCUUCCAAGCUCUCUACCCCUUCACCGCCCGCAACAAGGACGAGCUCAGCUUCGAGGCCGAUGACAUCAUCGAGGUGGAUGAGUCUACGGAGCGUGAGCAGGGCUGGCUGUACGGCAGCGGGCGGGGGAACAUGGGCUGGUUCCCGGAGAGCUACGUGCAGAGACAGGCCCACCCGCAGGCCCAUCCGCAGGCCCCGCCCACAGGCGCUCUGUACGCCGUGGUCAACAAACAGGCGCUCAAGCCCCAGGCCUCCAUCCACACCUCCACUGCUGCCCCGGAGCCGGCCGCGCCUGCCAGCGCCCCGCCCAAGUCUGCCUUCACCCCCACACACCAUCCCAGCACCGCCCCCUCGGAACAGGGACAGGUGGUGGGCACCCUGCUGGCCCAGGCCCUGUGCUCCUGGACAGCCAAGACAGAGAGCCACCUGAACUUCAGUAAGGACGACGUGAUCCGCGUGCUGGAGCAGCAGGAGAGCUGGUGGCUGGGGGAGCUGGGGGGGCAGCAGGGCUGGUUCCCCAAGACCUACGUGGCUCUGCUGGGGGAGGACGAACCCGCCGACUCUGUAUUUUCUGAUGGAUCUGACAACAAUGAGGGUUCCCAACAAGAAGAGUUCGUGGCCCUGUACACGUACGAGAGCCCGGAGCCAGGGGACCUGACCUUCAGGGAGGGUGACAUCAUCCUGGUGAGCCAGCGUGAGGGGGACUGGUGGAGGGGCUGCACAGGAGACCGUGCCGGCCUCUUCCCCUCCAACUACGUCAAGCCUAAAGAGGUUGAGCCCUCUGGAGGCCCAGGGAAGCCCGGAACACCUGGCAAGAAGCCAGAGAUCGCCCAGGUAACCACGGCGUACUCGGCCAAUGGCACAGAGCAGCUGAGUGUGGCUCCUGGCCAGCUGAUCCUCAUCCUCAGCAAGAACGCCUCCGGCUGGUGGCUCGGGGAACUGCAGGCUCGUGGGAGGAAGCGGCAGAAGGGCUGGUUUCCUGCUUCUCAUGUCAAGAUGCUGGGCUCCAGCAGCGGCAAGUCUACACCUGCCCCUCUGCCAGUGUGCCAGGUCAUCGCCAUGUACGACUACAAGGCAGCCAAUGAGGACGAGAUGAGCAUCUCCAAGGGUCAGCUGAUCAACGUGCUGGACAAGAACGACCCUGAUUGGUGGAGAGGAGAUGUCAACGGGGUCACCGCCCUGUUCCCCGCCAAUUACGUCAAGAUGACCACCACAGAGUCCGACCCCAGCCAGCAAUGGUGGUAGAGUCUUCCUCCUUUUCCUCUCCUCCUCCUCUUGGCCUAUGAGAGACCCACUUCCCUAUCAGUGGGCGGAACUGUUUGGAGCCUCCACCCACUACAACUAACUCCACCCCUACCCUCCUUCCUGCCCUACCUGCCUGUCUGUUUCCCUCCACACCUGUCUACCUGCCUGCCUGUCUGCCUGUCUAGCUGCCUGCCUACCUGCCUGUCUGAGAUUUAGCAGAUCCCUCCAUGUCAGUAACGUAGUAGGUGCUAGAGCAGAGAGCAUGGGGACUAGCUAGACCAGCCCAGGCUCUGACAGGAGGGAGGACUUCCUGCAGGUGACCUGCUGUGAGUUCAUCUCUCCUGGUCUGGCUGGAACCCUGGACAGCUGGUCUUCAGCGAGGUCCUCUGGAGACCAGACCAGAGUAGUGGGUCUCUGGGUCUCUCUGUGGCUUCACUGUUCUCCCUCUCUCCCUCUCUCCCUCCCCCUGUCCACUUGUCCUCUUCCCCCCUCUCACCCCUGACAUUCUCUCUCUCCCUUCAUCUCUUCUCUAUAAGCCCAGCAGUUCUGCUAAACUAUCUCACACCAAAACAGACUGAUAGUUCACCUUAGUGAACAUGGCUCUGAGUAGAGUACUACAGCACCUUAGUGAACAUGGCUCUGAGUAGCGUAGUACAGCACCUUAGUGAACAUGGCUCUGAGUAGCGUAGUACAGCACCUUAGUGAACAUGGCUCUGAGUAGCGUAGUACAGCAUCUUAGUGAACAUGGCUCUGAGUAGAGUACUACAGCACCUUAGUGAACAUGGCUCUGAGUAGAGUACUACAGCACCUUAGUGAACAUGGCUCUGAGUAGUGUAGUACAGCACCUUAGUGAACAUGGCUGGUGCUGUUGAUGGUAUGUUUGUGUGUUGUGCCUCUGUAACACAGCCAGGAAAGCUUGUCUCCCGCCCCCACCCCCUUCUCCUGUGUUUAGUCGUGUGUCCUCCCCCCCCCCCCCCCCCCCCCAGGCUCCCCUGUGUUCAGACGGCUACAUGUGCCUUGUGAACUUGAACUGGGACAUUAAAGGUUGGUUUGGAAUGACGUUUUGUACUGUUUUCACUCUCCGAUAGAAAGUUCAUUCACAGGCAAGUUGCUUUGUCUCUGAGUCAAUCUGUGUGUGUUUACAGUCACCACAUGCCUAGUCAACAGAGGAAGGCUGUGUGUGCGUGUCUAUCUGCGUGUGUGUGUGUGUAUACUGCAUAAGGUUAUGUGGUUACGAAGGUGCACAAAGUCAUUCAGUCAGCCAGAGAAGGCUUCCUGUUUCCUGUCGCCUUCACAUCUCCAGGCCUUGUUCCUGGUUUGGAAAGGUUGCCCAGGGAAACCAGAGGUUAUGUCCUCACUGAGCAUGUGCAGACAGAGCCACCACCACCCACCACCCCCUUGUUUUGGUCCAAACAGAUUGUCUGGGCUGGCUUUCAGUGGGCCUGGCCUCAGCAGGGAAGAACAACAGAGGCACAGAGCAGGGCUGUGGAGAGGGGGAGAGAGAAGAGAGGGGGAGAGAACAGCAGAACUGAGACUGAAAGAGAAAAAGGAGUGAGAGAGAUGGUGAGUUUACAGCGCGAAGGCCGGCUCCAGUUUUUGAGGCUGUGGGAUGAGGUGAAGGAAGGGGAUGAGGGG